UUUAUGUAUGUUAAAUGUGAAAAGAUACCGAAGGGAAAUGACGAUAAAAAUACUUGAAUUUGCAUUUUCCUUGUUGCUUUUAAGUCACGUGAUCUACACUCAGUCUGAUUUAUCAACAUGUCCAACUAAUAUUCGGACUUUGAAACACGUACGCGUGUAUACAGAUGCAUGCUUGUUGUUUGUUGAACAUGAAUUAUCAUGGGAUGAUGCUCGUAAAAGCUGCAGGAGCCUUGGAGGAGAUUUAGUAAUGAUAAAAGAUAGCGCAAAGCAAAAGUUCAUUUUGGAUUCUCUGAUAUUCGAACAUUGGAAUACACAAAAUAUAUGGAUUGGUGCUACAGACAAGGCCAAAGAAGGGGACUGGCGCUGGAUAGAUGGCAGUAGUGUAACGUAUGCACAUUUUGCGGAAGGACAAGGUAAUAACCACCCCACAAGAAGAUUUAUAUUUUCUAGUGGUUCAGACGAAGAUUGUGCUCUGAUCAAACGAAGUGAUGGUGGCCUAUGGCAUGAUUAUCCGUGUGAUUUCGGUUUAGGGAGCUUAGGAUAUCAUUUCACUUAUGCCUGUGAAUUCCCCAGGACUGAUAAGCUUGUACAAAUAGGAUCAAAUACUGCAGCAAGCACACAAACCAUCAUUCCUUAUCAUACUACUACUACAACAGUGUCAACACAGUCGACAACAGCUAAAGCCUUUAUACUGACAAAACUUGUAAAAACAGGCAGGAAUGUUACAUUUAGUUGUCCCAUUACAUCUUCUGUUGGAUCUAUUGUAUCAUGGUAUGGACCUCCAGAUUCCAAGACAUUAUACGCUAGUGGCACAGUAACUAACCCAAGACUGUCAACUAUUGCUAUUACUGGUGAUCAUGCAAAUGGAGAAUAUAACCUUCAUUUGAGUUUCGUAACAAAGUAUGAUGAAGGUUAUUAUACAUGUAGUAUGACGUACAACGGUACUUACCAGUCACAAGGAUUUUCAUUACAUGUGUAUUAAAACCUUAGAUUCUUGGAUAUAAAGAUCUUUAGAAAUG